AUUUCGAAACUUGGACUCUGCACCAUGGGCGGUCGCAUCUACGUGGGGAACCUUCCGAUGGACGUGCGCACGCGCGAGAUCGACGACCUCUUCUACAAGUACGGGCGCAUCGUGGACAUCGACAUCAAGCUGCCCAGCCGCCCGCCGGCCUUUGCCUUUGUCGAGUUUGAGGACGAGCGCGACGCCGACGACGCCAUCCGCGGCCGUGACGGCUACCGCUUUGACGGCGCUCGCCUGCGCGUCGAGCCCACGAAGGGCGGCUACCGUGACCGUGGCGACCGCAACACGAGCCAGUUUGGCCGCAACUUGCCUGGCAGCGGCAAGUACGCCCUCGAUGUGUCCAACUUGCCCGACGGCGCGUCGUGGCAGGACCUCAAGGACCACAUGCGUCCUGCGGGUGAAGUCAUUUACACCAAGGUCAACUCGCGCGGCGGUGGUGGCUAUGCUGAGUUCUCCAACAAGGAAGACUUGAACCGGGCGCUGGAUACGUUGAACAACUCGGAGUUCAAGUGCAAGAUGGGUACCUCUGUGAUCAGUAUUAAGGAAGCUGGUCGUGCAGGUCGUAGCCGCAGCCGUAGCCCUCGCCGUAGCCGCAGCCGCAGCCCUCGUGGCCGCCAGAGCCGCAGUCCCCGUCGCAGCCGCAGCCGUAGCAACAGCCCCCGCGGCAAGCGCAGCCGCAGCCCGGACAACAAACGCAGCCGCAGCCCCGACAACAAGCGCAGCCGCAGCCCGGACGCCAAGCGCAGUGUGUCGCCUGCCAAGGACGAUAAGAAGGACGAAUAAGCGGCGCGGGCGCGCAGGGGGUGGUUUGUACCCCUCCUUGUCGCCAAGGGCCCAAGCUACGUCUCAUUCAUAUAUUCUAUUCCUGUACUUAGGUCCCUUCGCGGAUCAGUGCUGCGAGCGGCCCGACCGCGCGACGGCUUUCGCUUGCGUGUGCUAACCCUCGAUAAUAACACCAUCUCGUCCUCUCGC